AUGGCAAGAAGAUAUGAUAGUAGAACUACUAUGUUCUCCCCUGAAGGGAGACUGUAUCAAGUCGAAUAUGCAAUGGAAGCUAUUAGUCAUUCAUCAAGUGCAAUUGGUAUUUUAGCCACUGAUGGAAUUUUACUUGCUGCUAAAAAGAAAAGAGUUGCACGAUUAGUUGAUAGGUCUAAAGGAGCAGAUAAAAUGUAUGAAUUAGAUGAACAUAUUGCAUGUGCUGCAGCAGGAAUAACAUCAGAUACAAAUAUAUUAGUAGAUUAUUUAAGAGAUGUAUGUCAACAACAUAGAUUUACAUAUGGAGAAGAAAUACCAGUAGAAAUGUUAGUACAACGAAUUUGUGAUAUGAAACAAAGUUAUACUCAAUACGGUGGAUUAAGACCAUAUGGAGUUUCAUUCUUAUAUGCUGGAUGGGAUAGAUAUUUUGGAUAUCAAUUAUAUAUGUGUGAUCCAAGUGGAAAUUAUGGAGGAUGGAAAGCUACUGCUAUUGGAGCUAAUUAUCAAGCAGCUGAAUCAAUUAUGAAAACAGAAUAUAAAGAUGAUAUUACAUUAGAAGAAGCAAAAAAAUUAGCAGUUAAAAUCUUUAGUAAAAGUGUAGAAAGUUCAUCAAUGGUACCAUCUAAAUUAGAAUUUGGUAUUUUUAAAUUAGAUAAUCAAAAUAAACCAAGUUUUAAAGUUAUGAAAGAUCGUGAAGUCUCUGUUUUAUUAAAAGAAUGUGGAAUUGAACAAGUAGAAGACCGAGAUUAA